AAUGAGGAUGAAAAAAAGAACUAGAAAAGAAUGCUUAGAAAACAGGGCUUAAGAGGGGUUUAUUACCGGUAGCACUCGCUAGCAAGUUUUGCUUCGAGUUCAUGGGGCUUCGCCUUCACGUCGCGUGCCGUGCUUCUCAUUCCGCAGACUGAAGAAGUGAUAGAGGACCCUGGUUACUUGGACCGCAAGGAGAGCUUUGUUACGUUGUGGGCCAGCAUGGCUACCCAGACAAUAGUUGAAACUGCACAGAAAAUUGUCACCCCUGAAACCAUCCGCCAUGCAGCCAAACAAUCCCAACGUUGUCUCACUGUCCCUAUCCGUCUCCGCCGUGCCAUUAAAAAAUACCUUCGAGAGCAGGAGGAGCCAUAUAUGAAGAGGAAAGUCUUGAGUUUGUCCCAAUCUUUUAGUGAUAUCAAGAAUGUCAAUCUACAACUGGCAACCACCACGUCAAGGGAGUUAGUUGAAGACCCUUUAAAAUCUCUUGAACAAUCAAAGCGCUGGAAGAUUAAGAGCUCUUACGGUGACAUAGGUCUAACGUACAGUGAUGAACAGACAAAUGCUUAUGUGGCUUCUCGAAUGCCUGCUGUUUACUCUGCUUGUUACAGAGUACUUAAAGAGGUUCGUAGAAGGCUUCCUGGUUUCUCCCCAGCCAAGGUGUUAGAUUUUGGUGCUGGGACUGGUUCAGCUUUCUGGGCACUGCGAGAAGUUUGGCCAAAGUCUUUGAAGAAAGUGAAUUUAAUUGAACCAUCACAGUCAAUGCAACGUGCAGGUCUGAACCUCAUACAAGGUCUCAAGAAUUUGCCACUUAUUCAAAGCUAUGAUAGCAUUCAAGCUCUUUCUAAACGUACCAGUAAAUCAGAGAGAGGGCAUGACCUUGUAAUUGCUUCUUAUGUUCUUGGAGAGAUUCCAUCACUAAAGGAUCGAAUCACCAUAGUUCGCCAGCUUUGGGAUCUAACACAGGAUGUUCUGGUUUUGGUUGAACCUGGAACACCUCAUGGAUCUAGUAUUAUAGCUCAGAUGAGAUCUCACAUAUUAUGGAUGGAAGAAAGAAAGUUCCGUAAAUCUUCUCAAAAGAACAAAGAAGUUUGUAAAGAUUUGAUAACUAAGAAGGAUGGUGCUUUUGUAGUUGCUCCUUGUCCCCAUGAUGGGACUUGUCCACUGGUAAAAUCUGGAAAAUAUUGUCAUUUUGUUCAGCGCUUGGAAAGGACAUCAUCACAACGUGCCUACAAGCGUUCAAAGGGUGAGCCUUUACGUGGCUUUGAAGAUGAGAAAUUUUCCUAUGUUGUUUUAAGACGAGGACUAAGACCAAGAGAAUCUUGGCCUCUUGAUGGUAUUACAUUGGAGACUCUGAAGGAACAGCAUGCUAAAAGAAAUCCAGAAGAUCUUGAAAUUGACUACGAGGACUGGUUGAAGUUGCAACAAGCUGACGAUGCUCCUCAUGAAGUAGUAGAUGCAGUAACUAAUGAUUCUGAUGCUAUUGAAGUUGACUACGAUGACUGGUUGAAGUUGGAACAAGCUGAUGAUGCUCCUCAUGAAGUAGUAGAUGCAGUAACUAAUGAUUGGGAUGCUAUUGAAAUUGACUACGAUGACUGGUUGAAGUUGGAACAAGCUGACGAUGCUCCUCAUGAAGUAGUAGAUGCAGUAACUAAUGAUUCUGAUGCUAUUGAAACUGAAGGGGGUGCUGAUGAUGCUCCACAUGAAGUAGUACCUCAUGAAGUAGUACGUGCAGUAACUUAUGAUUCUGAUGCUGUUGAAACUGAUGGGGAUGCUGAUGAUGAUGAAGAGAUUGAGGAAGAGGAAACAGGUAGUGCUGAUCUUGGAGGUGGCUGGGGCAGAAUUAUCUUCAUGCCUGUAAGGAGGGGUAGACAGGUCACAAUGAAUGUGUGCAGGUCCACCAAGCCAGAUGCCUCAGAGGGUUCUUAUGUCCGUAUUGUUGUAACCAGGAGCAAGAACCCUACUUUGCAUGCUAUGGCCAAAAAAGUCAUCUGGGGUGACCUAUGGCCGUUUGCCUGGCAUAAGCCUAAGCCUUUGACCCAAAUAGAACACCAAGUAAUGUGAGCUGUUGAUUUGUUUGUGUCAUUGCUUGUGCCUCUCAUAUAUAUAACAAUGUUUAAAGGCUAUGCCUUUCAAACUGAAUGAAAAAAAAAAUUAAUUCUCAUUACGAUUUUCCUUUAUAGUAAAUCAAUUCAAUGAAAAGGGAUUUGACUA